AUGGCGGACCGGGCGCAGGCCGGAGAAGACUUGGUGCGGGCGGUGGAGGACGCCGGACAGGCGGUGACGGCGGCGGCCGAGGGUGGCGGUGGCGUGGUCGACGAGGGCGCUGUGUGCCUGGUGGCUCUCUGCCGGGCGGUGGAGGCGCUACUGCGCCACGGCCUGCGGGCCCGCGGCUCAUUCUUCGGCGGCGCCAAGGACUACAUCCACUUUGUGGCCGCCGCUGCCCGCGACGCACCGGCGGCCGCCACUACGCUGCGCUCCGAGGCCGCUACCUUUGGCGUCUCCACCCCCGCCGGCCGCGGGCGGGCCUUUCUGCGCGCCGCCCUGGCCGAGCAAGCCCUGGCUCCCCACCUGGCCGCGCUGACCAGCGACGUGUGGACCGUGUCCGAGUGGUACGAGGCGCACGCUGCUCUUCGCUCGCCCACGCUGCGCACUCGUGCCCUCACCGCCCUUGAUGGCCUGACCCCCAUCGUCUUUGCUCUCUGCGUCAAAGACGUCGAUCUCGACGCCACCUGGGCUCCACCCGCCGCCGCGGGCAGCGCCGCCACGAGCAGCCCGCCACGCCGCACACAUGUUGAUGCGCUCAGCAACACGCCACUCCCACCGCCACUCCCACAGCCGGUGGCAUCCGAGACCGGACAGCCACAGCAGCAGCAGGUGGUGGAGCUCGUCCCGCUCGGCCGCUUUGCGCAGCGCGAGUACCGCAAGGCGUGGCUGGCAGCGCUGUCGGCGGCGACCGAAGCGUGGUAUCGCGCCAACGAGGCCGAUGACGCGGCGCAGACUGCGGCAAACGUUGCCGCCGAGCUGCAGGCGGAAGUUUUGGCGCUGGCAUCGUCGGCUACCGCUGCCGAGGCGCGGGCGGCGCAGGCGGGCGUCGAGCGCGACGCCGCUGAAACUCGGGCUGCCGAGCUCGAGCGGGCGCUGGAAGCAGAAGAGAGAGUCACCUCGCAGAUCACACUCGAGUACAAUGCCAAGCUCAAGGCUCUGGCCGCCUCCGAAGCGGAGAACUUUGAACUCAAGCUCACACUCGUCGCGCUGGGCAAGCAGCUCCGCGACGCCGGACUUGUGCCGUGCGUCGAGACCGGCAACGACGGCGACGAGACGGUGCGGCAGAAGCAAGCGUCGACGAUGACGACGACAUGA